AUGCCUGAGAGCAGCUAUGCUCGCAAAUACUACGCGGACCUCGAUCUGACCCCAAGUGCGACGGCCGCGCAGAUCAAGGCCGCGUACCACCGACUUGCCUUGCUCUACCAUCCCGAUAAGAAAGGUCCCGGCUCCAACGGCGACGCAAGCGAGUUCCGCAAGGCCCAAGAGGCGUACGAGAAGCUAUACGAGGCCAAGGUGCGGGAGGAGAAUCGCGAGGCAGCGCAGAAGAAGACCGCCGACAACAAUGCCAAUGCCGACUCCCGUCCAUUCAACAUCUUCAAUCCUCGCCGACGGGCACGUCCACCUACACCUGAGCCUGCUCGCACCACCAGCAUCCCGACCCCGACCACCAAGAGGCCAUACACCUACAAUCCGAACGCCAAGUUUCACGACGUUGGCUCCGAGAUGGAGGAGCACUAG